CUAUAAGUACCUCAAAGACCCACUUCGCAGAUCAUUAAGUUCCAGCUGAAAAAGAAAAGAAGCAAAAAACACUCGGAAGUUCCUGCGACCAAGAAAAGGAAAAUGGAUUUGAGGUUAAUGGGCAUCGAUUCACCGCUCUUCCAAACCCUCCAACAAAUGAUGGACAUCACCCACGGCGAUGAAUCCGACAAGUCUUUCAGCGCUCCAACACGCACUUACGUGAGAGAUGCAAAGGCAAUGGCAUCAACUCCAGCCGACGUGAAGGAGUAUCCAAAUUCGUACGUGUUUAUCAUAGACAUGCCAGGGCUAAAGUCAGGAGAUAUCAAGGUGCAAGUGGAAGACGACAAUGUGCUGUUGAUUAGUGGUGAAAGGAAGCGUCAAGAAGAGAAAGAAGGAGCCAAGUAUGUGAGAAUGGAGAGGAGGGUUGGCAAGUUUAUGAGGAAGUUUGUGCUACCUGAGAAUGCUAAUACCGAUGCUAUUUCUGCUGUUUGUCAAGAUGGGGUUUUGACUGUUACUGUUGAGAAGCUGCCUCCUCCUGAGCCUAAGAAGCCCAAGACCAUUGAGGUUAAGAUUGCUUGAAGACGGGUUGUGCAUCUGGGGGACCUCUGUUGGAUCGAUUAUGAAAGAUAUCAAGUAAGAUUUGGCGCUAUGUUUGUUUUUCUUUUCCAAUUUUCUCGGUGUGUGCUGUGCUGUUUUCGAGUGAUGGUUUGGCUUCUAGAUCGAGGCUAUUAUAUAGUAGAUAUGUUAUCAUAGAUCUCAAUAAAAUUAAGGGCUUUUAUCGAAA